UGAGCUCCCGAGCUGCCUCAACCCGCUCCCCGCCUUGCACAAUCAUGGCGCCGCGCGCGGAAUUCAGCACCGAGCAGGUCCGGGGCAAAGCGCGCAAGGACCUGCUCUACCUGCUCGAGGGUGUCCGCGGCAAGAAGAACCUCGUCUUCGACCGCAGCCUGGUCGGCCCCAUCGGCACCAUCGUCAAGGUUGCCACGCUGCAGGAGUACGGCGUCGACAAGUUCUUCAUCCUCGAGAACAACAAUGUGGAUGCGAGCCAGCGCAACGUCGUCUUUGUCGCCAGAGGAGAGUGCGGGCGGCAUGCGGAAGCCAUAGCAGCCCAGAUCAAACGAAUACAGCGGGAGAGCCAGACGACGCAUGACUUUCACAUAUUCUGGGUGCCCCGGCGCACGCUCGUGUCCGACCAAUUACUCGAGGAAGCCGGCGUUCUCGGCGACAUCAACAUAUCGGAGCUGCCGCUGCUCUUCUUCCCUCUGGAAGAUGACGUUUUAUCGCUCGAGCUGGAGGACUCCUUCAAGGACCUCUACUUGUCCAAAGACAUCACCCCCAACUUCCUCAUGGCCAAGGCGCUCAUGGAGGUGCAGCAGAAUCAUGGCCUGUUCCCCAGGAUCAUUGGCAAAGGCGACAAUGCGAAGCGCGUAGCAGACCUCCUCGUGCGCAUGCGCCAAGAACGGCUGGCUGGUGAGGACGGAAGCGAUGUCAAGACGGCGCUCACCCCCAGCACCACCAACGAGAGCGUCAUCAUCAUCGAUCGCGAGGUUGACUUUGUCACCCCGCUGCUCACACAGCUGACAUAUGAGGGGCUCAUUGAUGAGAUUUUUGAGAUUCAGAAUAAUCAGGCCAAGGUCGACACGACCAUUGUGGGAGCUCCAGCGCAGUCCUCCACGGCUACAUCGCAGAGCAGAAAGCGGACGGUUCAGCUCGACUCGAGCGAUAAACUAUACGAGCAAUUGCGAAACGCCAACUUUGCCAUCGUCGGUGGGCUUCUCAACAAGGUCGCCAGGCGCCUGCAAAAGGUUCAGUCCGACUACGAGAGCAAGCACAAGACCAAGACGAUUGCCGAGCUGAAGGAAUUCGUGAGCCAGCUGCCCGGCUACCAGCAAGAGCACCAGAGCGCAAGGAUACACACGGGUCUCGCGGAGGAAAUCAUCAAACACACGCGGACUGAUCUGUUCAAGGGCCUUUUGGAGGUCCAGCAGAAUCUCGCGGCCGGUGCCGAUCCGUCGUCGCAAUUCGACGGCAUCGAAGAGCUGAUAGCCAGGGAGGCUCCCCUACGAGAGACUCUUCGGCUGCUUUGCAUAUACUCGUGCAUAUCCGGGGGGAUAAAGCCCAAGGAUUUGGAGCAGUUCAAGCGGCUCAUACUUCAAGGCUACGGCUACCAGCACCUUCUCACGCUCAAUAACCUGGAGAAGCUGCAGCUGUUUCUAUCACGCUCGUCCCCACUUGCGGGAAUGAUACCAAUGACGGCGAGUUCCGGCGCUGACGGGACCAAAACCAACUACACGUAUCUACGGAAGCAGCUGCGCCUGAUUGUCGACGAAGUGCAGGAGGACGAUCCCAACGACAUCGCGUACGUGUACAGCGGCUAUGCCCCUCUCUCCAUCCGACUUGUACAAUGCAUUCUCCAGAAGCAGUACCUGUUGUCUAUAACGAAGGGUAAUGGCGCAGCGAAUGCCAGCGGCAUUGCCCCUGGGGCAGGCACACAAGGCUGGCAUGGAUUCGACGAAGCCGUCAAGCACGUUCGAGGGCAGACUUUCUAUGAGCUUCAAAAGGGCGAGGACAAGGCCGUCAAAGCAAGGGCCCUCUUGUCCGGCAGCGGGCAGAAGCAGACAGUCUUUGUCGUCUUUGUCGGAGGCGUCACGUUCACGGAGAUUGCCGCGUUGAGAUUUAUCGCGAAGCAGGAAGAGAGUCGGAGGAAGAUCGUCAUAUGCGCGACUUCUAUAAUCAGCGGAAACAGGAUGAUGGACGCGGCAAUCGAGAAAGAAGCGUUCGCGCGCAAGGAGCCGGCCCCUGUAGCCUCUGCUCCGCUAGAUACGCUCCUGAGCCAACGGACCCCUUGGCUGACAAACCCGACGAAGACAGGAGGAGGUUCUCAUGGCAGAUACCUUCAUCAUAUGAUGCGUCUGCCCAGCGUCAUGCUCCUAGAAAAGGAAGUGCCGAUUGGGCCGAGUUUCUCGCCCACGCAAGACACGGACUCUUUCUCGUCGAUAUCCAGCCUAGCGGCGGAGUCCGUCGCCAAGAGCCAGAGCCAGGUGCCGGCGUCGCCCAGCAGCUUCGUGAGCUCUCGCCAGGUGUCUGGGCGGGGCUCGUCGGAUGAGUCGUCGGAGGUGGCCCAAGAGAUUGUCGUGUGGACGGAAGAUAUGGAGUUGAGCAGCGGCCUGUCGAACCAUGACACGGAAGAGUCUUCCGGCAUGCAUCUUGACACGGAUGAUGAGAAACUUCAGCACGGCGAUGAUGCCCCAUUACCAGCCGAUCCUCCAGAAGACGCCAUUGCUGAGUCGUUUACUUCGUCGCACUCUUCCUUGUCAGACCUUUCAGACGUCUUAUCCUCUCCUUCAAUUGUCUCUAGUAAAGCCACAACGCCCGUCGAGACGGAGAUACCUAGCCGCCCACAGAUCGGUGGGGUCACACAAACUUUUUCGGCCUCCUCAUCCUACCGCCAUGAUAUCGAACGCUUGACCUUCAAUGUUCGGCCGAAGUCAUCUAUCCCGACAGACAUUCCAUCCUACCAAUAUGCCAGCGAGUGCAUCGCUGCCGCCGAGUCAUCGCGGCUCAACCCUUACGCCCUACAUCCCGAAGAAUAUCACUUUCUACGGCAUCACAUAUCCCACUCCCAAGUCACGACAUACCUAAACAUCCGAAACGGCAUACUGCGCAUAUGGAUGAAGCAGCCGUCGGUCGGCGUAACACGGCAAGAGGCGGUCGGGUGUGCUAAUGCUCGCUGGUUUGAUGCCGCGAGCGUAUGCUACGACUGGCUGGUCCGUCGUGGAUAUAUAAACUAUGGCUGCGUACAGCUGCCUGAGCCCCAGGCUGACUUCAAGAACGAGCCUCCUACAAAGAAGCGCAAGACUAUCGCUAUCAUCGGAGCAGGCAUCUCGGGUUUGUCUUGCGCCAGGCAGCUUGAUGGUCUCUUCAAGCAGCAUGCCGGCCAUUUCUAUUCAAGAGGAGAGGAGCCCCCAAAGGUGGUCAUUCUUGAAGGUAGAGGUCGCGUUGGCGGCAGAGUAUACUCCCGCGAGUUCAAGACAAGGCCUGCCACGGUUGACCCCGAGUUCAGGGGCAAGAGACACACCGCCGAGAUGGGUGGCAUGAUCAUCACGGGCUUUGAUCGCGGGAACCCGCUGAAUGUGAUCGUUCGUGGACAACUGGGCAUUCCAUACCACGCCCUUACUGCCGAUACCACAAUCUAUGACAGCAAUGGCAAACCGGUAGACCCAGUAAGGGAUCUCCUGGUUGAGAAGCUCUACAAUGACUGUCUAGAUCGCGUCAGCGAGUUCAAGUACAAGUACCAGCCCUCCAAGGUGAUUGAAGGCAACCGUGACCUGCUCGACGAGGGGCGGGAUAGCCUUGGAGAUGGCUCCAAGACCAUUAUACAAGCUGAAGAGGCCACCGCUGCGCUACCCGAUGCCCCUUCAGUGUCCCAGCAGAACGUACCCGAGACCGUGAACAUGGUUCCGGUCUCCUCAGACAAGCUGACGGGCCGAGUCCACAACGAGCCCGGAGUCCCUGGGACCAUCAAGGCAUCAGAAAAGGCCAAGUUGAUGGGCUGGAACGUCAAAGCAGGGGCGGCAGACAAGGGAAACCUGGAUUUGACCCAAGCCACCACUUUGGAAGGGUCAACACUGGGGUCUGUCUUGGACUACACCAUUACGCAGUACAAGAAUAUCGUCGACCUGAAUGCGCAAGACCACCGGUUGAUCAACUGGCACAUUGCCAAUCUAGAGUACAGCAAUGCUACCAACUUGCACAAUCUGAGUCUCGGCCUCUGGGACAUUGAUGCAGGCAACGAAUGGGAGGGUCCCCACACAAUGGUCGUCGGAGGAUAUCAGAGCGUUGCCCGUGGCCUGCUCCAAUGUCCGUCGCCACUCGAGGUGAAGACCAAGUUUGCCGUGCAGAGAAUCACCUACCACGGCGAAGGCUUUGACGGCCCCGCCAGCAUAGAGAGCGAAGACGGCACAGUAGUGGAAGCAGAUGCUGUCGUCUGCACCAUACCUCUUGGUGUCCUCAAGCAGGGCACGAUUCAGUUUGAGCCGCCGCUGCCUUCCGAAAAGGCGGAUGCAGUUCUCCGACUGGGAUUCGGCAUCCUCAACAAGGUGGUCUUGCUGUAUGACAGGGUGUUUUGGGAUUCAGACAGACACAUCUUUGGUGUGCUCAGGGAUGCGCCCAACCGGCAUAGCACAUCCCAGCAAGAUUACAGCACGAACCGUGGACGCUUCUUCCAGUGGUUCAACGUCACCAACACCACGGGUCUACCCUGCCUCAUCGCACUGAUGGCCGGAGACGCUGGCUUUGAUACGGAGCAUACGAGCAACGACAGCCUAGUCGCCGAAGCCACAGAUAUUCUGAGGAGCGUCUUUGGCAAAGACGUCCCUUACCCCAUAGAAACGGUGGUUACCAGAUGGGGGUCCGAUCGGUUUGCCCGAGGCAGCUACUCUUCAGCUGCCCCUGAUAUGCAGCCAGACGACUACAACGUCAUGGCCCAGCCUGCAGGCAACCUCUUUUUCGCGGGAGAGCAUACCAUCGGCACGCACCCGGCCACCGUUCACGGCGCCUAUUUGUCGGGACUGCGAGCCGCAUCCGAGGUCCUGGAGUCAAUGAUCGGUCCGAUCGAGGUGCCGACGCCUCUUGUGCUCCCGAGGGACUCGCUUUUGCUGCAUAAACGUAAGGAGGCAGCCAAGGAUCCCCGGCAGGCGCGCUUAGAGGCAUACGAGAUCGAGGUCUGGGAGCACGUCCUCUCCAAGAUUGGCGAGCGGCCCCUUCGCCCGAACAAGGUGGCCGGCAGCGCCUACAUCCUCUUCAGCAAGGCUCACUUCGAGGCCGCAAAGAAGCGAUGCGAGGAGAGCCGCAAGCCCGGCAGGAGCCGGUCGAUACCCAACGAAGUCCGCAUCAUGACGUCCCGCAUGUGGAAAGAAGCCACGCCGGAGCAAAAGAAGCCGUACGAAGAACAGGUCGCCGAGCAGAAGAAGCGCUAUCUCGAAGCCAUGCAAGAGUACAAUGCGCUGGCGGAGAAGUGGGAUCGCCAGGCCAUGGCCCUCCGCGCCGCGUACGAAGAGGAGCAUCCCAGCUUGCCGGGCCCGGAGGAGGGGCCGGAGGAUGAUGCGUCGACGGCGGCGCAGAAGCGGAGGGCCAAGAAUGUGAGUUAUGUCGAGGGCGGAGAUACCGACGUGGAUACAUGA